AUCAGAGCUCAAACUAGUUUCAUUUCUCAGGAAGUCAAACUCAGACGGUCAUUGUCUCUGAGAGCUGAAAUGGCACAGAAAGGAAUUCAGCUGGAUAAGGAAACUUUCUCUUGUUCCAUCUGUCUGGAUCUACUGAAGGAUCCGGUGACUGUUUCCUGUGGACACAGCUACUGCAUGAAGUGUCUUCAAACCCACUGGAAUACAGAGGAUGAGAAGAAACUCUACAGCUGCCCUCAGUGCAGGCAGACCUUCACACCGAGGCCUGUGCUGCUGAAAAACACCAUGUUAGCAGUUUUAGUGGAGGAGCUGAAGAAGAGCGGACUCCAAGCUGCUCCUGCUGAUCACUGCUAUGCUGGAGCUGAAGAUGUGGCCUGUGAUGUUUGCACCGGGAGGAAACUGAAAGCCCAAAAGUCCUGUCUGCAAUGUCUGGCCUCUUACUGUCAGAAUCACCUUCAGCCUCAUUUGGAAUCACCUACAUUUAAAAAUCACAAGCUGGUGGAGCCGUCCAAGAAGCUCCAGGAGAAUGUCUGCUCUCGUCAUGAUGACCAUAAAGGCCAUGACACAGUCUCAGCUGCAGCAGAGAGGGCCGAGAGGCAGAGAGAGCUGGAGGUGAGUCGACAAAACAUCCAGCAGAGAAUCCAGGACAGAGAGAAAGAUGUGAAGCUGCUUCAACAGGAAGCAGAGGCCAUCAAUCGCGCUGCUGAUAAAGCAGUGGAGGACAGCCAGAAGAUCUUCACCCAGCUAAUCCGUCUCAUAGAGAAACAAUGCUCUGAUGUGACCAAGCAGGUCCGAUCCCAGCAGGAAAGUAAAGUGAGUCAAGUGAAAGAGCUGGAGGAGAAGCUGAGGCAGGAGAUCGCUGAGCUGAAGAGGAAAGACGGCGAGCUGCAGAUGCUGUCACAAACACAGGACCACAACCAGUUUCUACACGACUGCCCCUCACUGUCAGCACUCAGCCAACCUACACGCUCAUCCAGCAUCCAUAUCCGUCCUCUGAGGUACUUUGAAGACGUGACAGCGGCUGUGGCAGCAGUCAGAGAUAAACUACAGGACGUCCUGACAGAGACAUGGACAAACAUCUCACUCACAGGGACUGAAGUGGAUGUUUUACUGCCACAACCAGAGCCCAAGACCAGAGAGGAGUUCAUCAGAUAUUCAUGUGACAUCACACUGGAUCCAAACACAGCAUUCAAACAUCUGUUUUUAUCUGAUGGAAACAUAAAAGCAACAUGGACCAGUCAACAACAGUCUUAUCCUAGUCACCCACACAGAUUCACUGGAGUAUCUCAAGUCCUGAGUCGAGAGAGUCUGCCUGGACGUUGUUACUGGGAGGUGGAAAGGAAAGGAAGAAUUGAUGUAGCAGUCACAUACAAGAAUAUCAGCAGAACAAGGGACUCGAUGCAAUGUGGAUUUGGAUCCAAUGACAAAUCUUGGAUGUUAUAUUGUUGUGAUACUGGUUAUCAGUUUUGGUUCAACACUGUCCUGACCCAUGUCUCUGGUCCUCGGUCCUCCAGAGUCGGAGUGUACCUGGAUCACAGAGCAGGUAUUCUGUCCUUCUACAGCAUCUCUGAAACCAUGACUCUCCUCCACAAAGUCCACACCAAAUUCACUCAGCCUCUACAUGCUGGACUUGGAAUUUAUUCUGAUUCCACUGCUGAGAUGUGUAAGCUGAAGUAGACAGAAGUUGUUUAAAGGAAAAGUGUGUUAACUUCUGUGUUUGAAUCCUUCAGCUUGAAUUUUUCUUCAUGUUUGUUGCUGAGAGUUGAUUGGACCUCAUUCACCAACUGUUCUUCUUUCCUACUUCAGGCUCAUUUAUGCUCCCCAUAAAAAAGACAAUAGCAUAUGCUAGACUCAUAAACAGAGAUGUUGAAUUGAUCCAAAGAUUCCUUCAAGCUGUUACUCUAAGGUCUUUUUUUUUAACCUCUGAGCAUCCUGUGUUGUGCCAUAGAGUUAAUCUGGCAGGGUGCACAGCUCCAGGUAAAUUAGUCACAGCACUGUAUCGUCUCCAUUUGGGAACACUUUGUCUUUGGGUGGACCUGUGAAUACCUAAAGUCUUUGAGAUGAUGCAGUAACCCCUUCCAGUCUUAUACAAGUCAACAAUUCUUGAUCUAAGGUUUAUGAGAUCUCUUUUUUGAGAGGCACUUUUCACAGCAGCAGAUGCUUCUAGUGAAGAGCAAACUCUACAAGACUAGGUUAAAACUGCAAAUUUUCUCACUCACCAUUGUACUUUAUACUCUAAAACAGCGUUACUCAACCCUGCUAAACCAAAGAGCCAAAUUGUUGAAAAAUACCUUUGCAAGAGCCACAAUCCAAAUGGUGAAAAGUGGCAAUAAAAUAAGUUAAA